UAGAUCGACCAAAAACAUUUCAGUGAGAGGAACAGCAGAGCUCAUACGACGCUCCAAGAGACAGACUUCUUUGACUUUGGGAAGUACCGAGAAGUUUGAAAAACACGAAUUAUGGCUGUCUCUGCAAGUUUUAGCAUCUUGUUCAUUUUCGCGUGUGUAGAACUGAUUUUUGCUUCGGCGGAGCCAGCUAGAGGCAAAGGACGAGGUUUAAUAGGCGUGCAGGAUGAAGAUUCGGGCAAAUUCUUCAUUGAUCAGAUCACUACAGAUACACUACAGAGCGGUCUCACAACUAUCUUCCUGCCAAUUAUUUACAUAAUUGUUUUGGCUGUGGGGUUGCCAACCAACGCGAUGGCUAUAUAUGUCUUGCUGUUCAGGUCAAAGAAAAUUCACCCUGCUGCCAUUUACAUGGGCAACCUAGCACUGGCUGACCUGAUGUUUGUCAUCUGGACGCCUCUCAAGAUCGCUUACCAUUUAAACGGAAAUAACUGGACUUUUGGUGAAGGGAUGUGCAAAGUUUUGGUGGGUUUCUUCUACGGCAACAUGUACUGCUCCAUCCUCUUCAUCGCUUGUAUGAGCAUUCAGCGGUACUGGGUCUGCGCUCACCCACUCACCCAGCAAAGAAAAAACAACAAGUUUGCUAUCAUCGUAUCUGUGUUUAUCUGGAUCUUCAUUUGGGUCAGUACUACACCUUUGUACCUGUACCAGCAAACCGUUGAACUCUCGGACCUCAACAUCACCACCUGCCACGACGUCAAUCUUGUCAGCAUGAAGAACUUUAAAUCGGGCAAUGUGUUCCUGGAUGUUCAGCUGCCUUAUUAUUAUUUUAUGGUGAUGGCAGGUCUUGGCUUCUUCAUCCCAUUGUUGGUCAUCAUUGCAGCUUAUAUUCUUCUCCUUCGCUCACUUGGGAAUUCCACAAUCGAGGGCAAUGCUGGAAAAACCCGCCAACGAGCUGUGGUUCUCAUCGUAACGGUGCUCAUAACGUUCUUGGUCUGCUUCAUCCCAAGUAACGUGAUGUUGGUCGUGCAUUACGCUCUCCUACGAAACGGCUGGGCCAAUAACGGCUAUGGUUUCUACAUCAUGACACUGUGCCUGGCCAGUCUCAACAGCUGCAUGGACCCUUUCAUCUACUAUUAUGUCUCGGAUGAGUUCAGGGAGCACGUCAAGAACACGUUACUGUGCCGUAGCAGUCGAACGGUGGAGAGGAGGAAGGUCUCGUUCCACUCAAUUAAGUAUUCUAAAAGGUCCAACACAUAUACUUCCAGCACAGGCAACACAGAAAGCAGCAACUGCUGAGAGCAGAUGGACAUGGACCAUGAUGGACAUGAGUUUAUGUAUUUAUCUGUGGAAUAUACAUAAGAUUUGACUUCAUAUUCAUGCUCCGUGUUCUCCAUUGGAUGAUACUGAAACUGUCUUGAGAGUAGAUUGAAGUGUUUAUGAAGACAUUUUGCUUCAGAGACCUUCGUAAACCCCAAAGCUGAAGAAGGAGCCACAAAGAGUUUGAACAGAACAGUCUCUGUUUCUAUAGCGUUCAGUCUAAAACUCAGGGUCGUGAAGCCAAAGCAGUCUCAUAAAACUUGAAGACAAGCAUUCCAGCCAGAUCGUUCUGUUGUUACAUUUAAUAUUGUUCAGAUGGGCUUUGUGAAAUAUUGAAAGUGACUUUGCCAGGCUGCAAUGGGUAAA